UCAUCAAGAAAUCAAGAUAACGCUUCGCAACCUGUCACGUUCCUGUGCAAUCGUUGGCAAAACCACACAUCUCGCUGGAAUGGCUUCUCUGCCUCGCACCGAUGACCUACGAAAGCUGUUCAGCAAACUGAUCGAUGGCUCUCACAUCCUUCACUUCCAUCAAGUCGUUGAUGCCUACGGUCACCUGUCUUUCCGCUAUCCGCUAGAUCCCGACAUCUUCGUCAUGUCUCGCAACGUUGCCCCAGCUCAGGUGUUAGACAUCGGAGAUCUUGUCGCCUACAGAGUCGGCGAUGCCGAGCCCCACGCCGCGGAGUCACCUCCGGGCUUUGCGGAGCGGCGAAUCCACUCGGAAAUUUACAAGCGGCACCCGAAGAUCAACGCGGUGGUCCACAGCCACUCCGAGGCUGUGGUACCCUACACGAUAUCCGGUGUUCCGCUUAGAGCUGUGAGCCACAUGUGUGGAUUCUUAGGCGCCAAAGGCUUGCCGGUGUUUGAUACUGCAGACCACAUGGAGGACGGCGACGUUCAUGACCUACUUGUACGCAGCGAGAACAUGGGCGCCCACUUGGCAAAGCACUUUGAUGAUGGUAAUAAUGUGGCGUUGAUGCGCGGGCAUGGUUUUACGGUCGUUGCCGAGGCCAUCGAGCUAGCUGUGAUGCGGGCAGUGUAUACGCAGAAGAACGCAAGUAUACAAACUACUGCUUUGAUGCUUCAAGGUGUUACUGGAGUUACUGGCGGCGUGAGGAGUCUAAGUCACGAAGAGUGCAUGGCUUCUGACAAGACGACACAGUGGUCAUUGAUGCGACCGUGGAACUUGUGGGUUCAGGAGAUCGAAUGCAAUGAGGUGUAUAAGAAGUUGCUCUGAAUCAAAAUCCAAUCAAGCGAACUAAGGCAUUCAAUUGAUUCGAGUCUAUUUCGUUAAA